AUGAACUCGAGCGGAGAAUCCGGCGGAACGAUGUCGGAAGACUAUGAAGUCGGAGGCUGCAGCGUUCCAGAAGAGGAGACGGGCUCGAAUUUGCCGACAUGGGAGGCGGUGGCGGCCACGCUGACCUUGGGCUUCCUCGUGCUGGCGACGGUGUUUGGUAACGCGUUAGUGAUCCUAAGUGUGUUCACGUACCGGCCACUCCGAAUUGUCCAAAACUUCUUCAUCGUCUCGCUGGCGGUGGCCGAUCUCGCGGUGGCGAUACUCGUGAUGCCGUUCAACGUAGCCUAUCUGCUGCUGGGCAAGUGGAUCUUCGGUAUCCACCUGUGCAAGUUGUGGCUGACGUGCGACGUGCUUUGCUGCACCGCCAGUAUCCUUAAUCUCUGCGCCAUCGCCCUGGACCGUUAUUGGGCGAUCACCGACCCGAUCAAUUACGCUCAGAAGCGCACCCUCAAACGAGUCCUCGGAACGAUCGCCGGCGUGUGGAUUCUUUCGGGCGCCAUCAGCUCGCCGCCGUUGGCCGGUUGGAACGACUGGCCGGAGGAGCUGGAACCGGGCACGCCCUGUCAGCUCACCAGACGACAGGGAUACGUCAUAUACUCGUCGCUGGGAUCGUUCUUCAUACCGUUGCUGCUGAUGAGCCUGGUGUAUCUGGAGAUCUUCCUGGCGACGCGCAGAAGGCUGCGGGAACGGGCCCGACAGAGUAGACUGGGCCCGGUGCAAUCCAUCAGGCACCGCGACGACGCCGAGGAAUCGGUCAGCUCGGAGACCAAUCACAAUGAGCGCUCGACGCCGCGUCUGCAGGCGAAGCCGUCGCUGAUCGACGACGAGCCGACCGAGGUGACGAUAGGUGACAACGAUCGUCGCACCACCGCAUCCACCAGACGAGGUGGUACCGGCGACGCCGGCCCCGCCACCUCGGCGACCGUCUAUCAGUUCAUCGAGGAGCGACAGCGGAUCUCCUUGUCGAAGGAGAGACGCGCGGCGCGGACCCUGGGCGUCAUCAUGGGCGUCUUCGUCGUUUGCUGGCUGCCGUUCUUCCUCAUGUACGUCAUCGUGCCGUUCUGUCCGGCCUGCUGCCCGUCUGAGAGAAUGGUGUACUUCAUCACGUGGCUCGGCUACGUCAACAGCGCUCUCAACCCUCUCAUCUACACGAUCUUCAAUCUUGAUUAUAGAAGAGCGUUCAGGCGGCUGCUGCGAAUCCGCUGA